AUGACUGCGAGCAAUCAUGUUUUAUCGGAUUUUGCUAAUAUAAAUCGACGUUUAUGGAAUGACAAGGUUGAUUAUCAUGUUGCUUCGACUAUGUAUGAUGUUUCUGGAUUUCUUCAGGGCAAUGAUUCAUUGAACUCGAUUGAAAUCGACCUAUUAGGCAAUAUUCAAGAAAAACGUAUCAUUCAUUUACAAUGUCACUUUGGACUUGAUACGCUUUCACUUGCUCGACGUGGUGCAAAACAAGUGAUAGGAGUUGAUAUUUCUGAAAAAGCAAUUGCAAAAGCUCAAGAGUUAGCGACUGCCACAAAUCUAACUGUAUCAACUCAAUUUAUUUGCUGCAAUAUCUAUGAUUUACAUCAACAUUUAUCGUUGCAUGAAUCCGAAAAUCUCUUUGACAUUGUUUUUGCUUCUUAUGGUACAAUUAAUUGGUUACCCGAUAUCAAUCAAUGGGCUCAUAUUGUUUCCAGUUGUUUGAAGCCAAAUGGAAUUUUUGUUAUGGUCGAAUUUCAUCCAAGUUUAGAUAUGUUCAACGAAGACUAUACACGUAUUGAAAACUCGUAUUUUAAUCAAGGACCGAUUGUGAGUGAACGCGAAGGUACUUAUGCUGAUCGUACAGCACCCAUUCGUAAUCAAAGUGUAGAAUGGUGUCAUAAUCUAAGCGAUGUUAUUCAAGCACUCAUACAAAAUGGACUACGUAUUGAAACUAUCAAAGAAUUUGAUUAUUCACCAUACGACUGUUUUCCUAAUUCGGUGAAAACAACCGAUGGGUUCUAUCAAAUCAAAGGAUUAGAAAAGAAAAUACCGUUGGGAUUACUUGAUAUAUUACGCAAACUUCGUUCGACUCCACAAGAUGAACUUCGUAUUUUACUUUUGGGUCUUGAUAAUGCUGGAAAAACAACAUUACUCAAAGUUCUUGCUUCAGAAGAUAUUUCACAUAUAACACCAACACAAGGUUUUAAUAUUAAAAGUGUGCAAUCAACUGGCUUUAAACUUAACGUUUGGGAUAUUGGCGGUCAGCGAAAAAUACGUCCAUAUUGGCGCAAUUAUUUUGAAAAUACGGAUGUUUUAAUUUAUGUUAUUGAUAGUUCUGAUCGAAAACGUUUUGAUGAAACAAAUCAAGAACUAUCGGAAUUACUAGAAGAAGAAAAAUUACAUGGUGUACCAUUACUUGUUUUUGCUAAUAAACAAGAUUUAUUAAAUGCUGCUAAAGCAUCAGAUAUAACUGAUGGUUUAUCAUUACAUCAAAUUCGUGAUCGACCCUGGCAAAUACAAGGCUGUUCAGCGUAUACAAAAGAAGGUGUUAAAGAAGGUUUGGAAUGGAUAUCAAAAACUGUCACAAAAAAUAAAAAAUAG